AUGGUAGAAAGUGACAUCUCGACCAUAAUGUCAGGAAUUAUUCAAAAUUCAGGGCAAAUCCACCAUCCCUCUCCACAGGAAUACAGGCUCCUAGCUACCAGUGGUGAUGAUGACCUUCCUGGGGACCUGCAAUCACUAUCCUGGCUUACGGCCGUGGAUGUGCCUCGGUUGCAGCAGAUGGCGAGUGGCCGCAUGGACCUGGGUGGCCAUAGUACGCCACACCCACACCCAGGUGCUUUGGGGGUGCCUGACCUGCAUGUGGGAGCCACCCCAGGUCCACUGCUCCAAGGGCCAGCCAGCAUGGCCCCUCCAGGCAUCCUGGGCCUGAGCUCCCUGGUCAGCCAUGGAGCCAGCAUGAGCUCAUUCCCAGUGGGAGGCCAGUCUCCAGCCGGCCUGCAGGAGACACGACUUUACCCACCUGCCGCCCAGCCACAGUUCCCGAUCCCCCAGGGCCAGCAGUGCCCCCCAGCAGGCCUGUUUGGAUCCCCAUUUGGGGCUCAGCCUCCCUACCACCAGCCCCGUGUGGCUGUGCACUCACCUCAGGAGCUGCAUCCUAAACACUACCCCAAGCCCAUCUACUCAUACAGUUGUCUGAUUGCUAUGGCUCUGAAGAACAGCAAGACGGGCAGCCUCCCUGUAAGCGAAAUCUACAGCUUCAUGAAGGAACACUUUCCCUACUUCAAGACGGCCCCUGAUGGCUGGAAGAACUCCGUGCGACACAACCUGUCCCUGAACAAGUGCUUCGAGAAGGUGGAGAACAAGAUGAGCGGCUCGUCACGCAAGGGCUGCUUGUGGGCCCUGAACCUGGCCCGCAUUGACAAGAUGGAGGAGGAGAUGUACAAGUGGAAGAGGAAGGACCUUGCCGCCAUCCACCGCAGCAUGGCCAACCCAGAGGAGCUGGACAAGCUGAUCUCAGACCGGCCGGAGAGUUGCCGGCGCCCUGGCCGCCUUGGGGAGCCCGAGGCCUGCAUGCUGACCCACGCCACCACAGUGGCCAUGGCCCACAGUUGUCUGGCCAUCUCCCAGCUCCCACCCCAGUCUCUGAUGACCCUGUCCCUGCAGUCUGUCCCCUUGCACCACCAGGCCCAGCCCCAGGCACAUCUGGCUCCAGGCUCACCAGCCCCAGCCCAGACCCCACCUCUGCACGCUCUGCCAGACCUAAGUCCCAGCCCCCUGCCCCACCCUGCCCUGGGGAGGGCUUCAGUGGAUUUCAUCAACAUCUCCACAGACACCAACCCCGAGGUGGAUGCCCUGGACCCCAGCAUCAUGGACCUUACUCUGCAGGGAAACCUCUGGGAUGAGAUGAAGGAAGAGGGCUUCAGCCUGGAUACACUGGAGGCCUUUGGAGAGUCCCCACUUGACUGUGAUCUGGGGGGCCCAGACCUGAACCCCAUCUCCGGAGGCAGUGACCAGUCCUUCUCAGAUUUGCAGGUGACAGGGCUGUAUGCUGCAUACCCCACCCCGGACAGUGUGGCUGCCUCAGCUUCCACCCCCUCCUCUCAGUACUUGGGCACCCCAGGGAACAAGCCCAUAGCCCUGCUAUAA